AUGGAAGGCGAAUACUUACUUGCACCUAAUUGCGUAGCCAAGCGUAGUCAUUUCACUACGGCUUCCCCGGACCCGCGCAUUCUCAGCAAAUUAAGAUCGAUACCAUUCAACAAAAUCCCUGAGGACCUGGGCCCCUCGCGCCCUGACGGACUACCUGAACUCUUCUGGUGUUGCUGGGUCGUCGGAGAGCACAAGAUAUUCAACUUUUUUGGAAACCCUCAUCCAGGCAAACCCGACGUGUUCGAUACUUCCAGCUGCGCAGAAUUGACUGUCUCAGAAUUGCCGGCAGUCCUUGAGACCGCGCUGCUACUGCCCCCGGAGCUCGCUGAGAAGAUGGCUGUCGUCAAGGUCUUUAAUUGGGAAGGAAAGCCCGAACUCGCGUUUGCUGUCGGGAGCAACUAUGGAGGUAUCAUGCCUGUGGCCAUCAUCGAGCUUAUAUCGCGGUACUUCUUCGACGGGGGGCACCCAUCAUGGGCUCUCAAUGCCCCUCGUGCCGACAGCGCAACAAUAUUGCCCCUCACCGAAGAACAACGCAAUGACAUGCAAGUCGUUGGUGCCGAACGGAAACUCUCCUGGCCAACAGGCCUGGAUCGGAGAGCCUUUGACGAACUGAUGAAAGUGUCGUAG